AGAAAGAGAUGAGAUGAGAUAGGAGAUAGGUGUGGAGAGAAUCUUCCCCGUCACACUUGAUCUCAUUCUCCACCCGCCAACCGGAAUUUCAAUUCCCUCCAUUUUUCCCAAAUUCAAAUUUCCUAACCCUUAUAUACCUCCCAACUCAAAUCCCUUUUUCUCUCUCUCUCUCUUCAAUGGCGAACUCCGAAUUACCCUCAUUUUCCCUAGGUCUCGACACUCCCCCGAAUUCCCCAAUCAAUCCACCUCCGUCUCCCUCCCUACACGUCUCCGACUCCGAUUCCGAUUCCGAUCCCGAAUUCCGACCCGACCCGCCUCGCUCUAUUCUCAAACGCCUCCGCCGCGGUCCCCCGCCUCCGCCGCCCUCCUUCCUCGGCGCUGACGACGACGACAUCGAGGACUUCUCCUCGCAGGAAGAUCCCCAUCAAGUGCAUGCACCGGCGUGGAAUCGUUCCGUGUGCAGUACCUCCAAAGUGUCCUUGAAUGGUUGCGGGGCUUUGAGUUCAACCCCUCGCGACUCUAGGGAGAGAAAAAGAAAGGAACCUUCCGAUGACGUUCCGUGUUCUUCUAGGUUAGAGACUGGGAAGAGUGGCUUGAUGUUUCCCAAGCUAACCGCUAGUCCUCUCCGAAGGUUUCAAUUGCUCGAUUCCGAUUCUGAUGAUUCAGAUCUUGAUGUUGGAGUUGGUGGUGCUGAUGGGGUUAGCCCUAACAAUCAUUUACAACAAAGUAAGAAAACAUCUUUUGCUGUGGACGGAGACCAGGAUCUGUGGAAGGAUUUUUCACCGAUGAACAAUGUUUCUGUGCCCACGCCGGUGUUCAAUGAGUUGUGUGAUGAGUACUUCAGUUCUGCCAAGUGCAAGGAAGUGGAGGGUGACGUGAGGUAUCCUGGGGUUACUUCUAGCUGCCAGAUGGAUCAGCAACAAUGGGAAUCGACCGACCCUGUUCAUCCGGCUCAUCGUUAUUUUUUCCAUGAGGAUGCGAGAAUUCGGCAGUUAGUUUGCACUCGCCUGCGGAAUUUUAAACCACUGGGUGUUGGCAAUAGAGUGAAUCAGCAAACUAAUGUCUCACACAUUGAUUACAUGGGACAAUUUGGCAAUGGAGGAGCUUCAAACAUGCAGGGAGUUCAAAGUGGUUUUGUUAACAGCUCUACAAGGGGAAGAAACAGAGCAAGUAAUUUGAGUGUUGAGGGAUCUUUUAAUGCUUCUGGAGGCUGGGUAGAUCCCAAAAUUCUUUCUCCAUUUAGCAAUGGGGAAUCUUCCAGAAGGAAAGCAGCAACGAGAACUAGCACCAAGAAUAGUGUCUCAAAAGGUAAAAAUAAAGCAAAGAAAUCGGAUACUGCAAACCUUUCAUGUGCUCCUGCGGGAUGGGUGGAACCCAAGAGCUGCACCAGUUUGCCAAAGGAUGCAGGCAAAAGGCGUGUUCAAGCAAGUGGUCAAUCUGCUGGUCAUUGGUAUACAUCACCAGAAGGAAGAAAGGUUUAUGUCAACAAAAGUGGGCAAGAGUUGACAGGCCGGGGUGCUUAUAGACAAUAUCGGAAGGAAAGUGGAGCAGGAUUCAAGAAAUCAAAAAAGAAAACAGGUGCCAAGAAGACAAAUGCCAAGAAGAGAAACUGAACGCUUGAUGGCAAGACAUUUAUUCCCCGCUUGGUCCACAUGCCCUAAUUUACUUGUGGAUCUUAGGAUUAGCCAAUACCCCUAUAGGUUCAUUUCUGUUAAAUUGCCCUAGAUUUCCGGUAUCAUGUUUUGGAUGUGGACAAGAAGCUAGCAAUGCAAAUGCAAUCCCGCAUGCAGCAUCACAUGAGGAAACUGAAUUAAGGCCUUGUUGCUUAGUGAAGUUUAGAUGCUAAAAAAUCCUGGAAAGUAGAUAUUGUGUGACGUGAGCUUAAGCAAGUGGUUCUGUACAGUGCACACGGUGGGCCACCAUGAAAAUGAUGCUUUAGAUAAUGAUUCUUUACUUUUUUAUUAGGAUUUCACAAUAAUGCUUCGAUUCAGUCUUGAUUCUCCACUUGUUCUGUUAAUUAUGGUCGAGCUUGUUGCUUUGUUAAUUAUGCAUCAUUGUCUUCUGGGAUUUGUAGAUGUAAGAUAACAAUGGAACUAUAGGAAUGAUGAAAACAAAUUUUGAGUGCAUGUAA